UAUCUCUGCAGUAUAACAUAUCGCCACCUGGAGUUACCGAGUUUCAACCCGAUCGUGUCCGUUCCAACCCUUUCAAUUUCAAACUUGUCCAUGACCUAUGGGAGACUGCAGUUGAAAAUGCACACGAACUCGGCUGCCCGUCUUUGCAGUGCGAUUUUGAUUCACUUCGCGUGGUGUUUUUGCGUCUGCGCAGCGUCUGCAACAUCGGAUAAACAGGGUAACAUAUGUUGUUUGAAUCUCGUAAAGAACCUCCCUGGGAUAGUGUUCUUCUAUAAUACAUCUCAAUAUGGGGAUUCUGUUGGGAGCUACUAUUCUGGGCAAGAAGGUGACAUCCGACCAAGCUGCAUUGUCGCCCCGCGAGACAGAGAGGACGUUUCUGCAGCUGUUCGGAUUCUGACUACCGCAUCGUACGAACAAGAAAUAUUCAAUCAAUCGCAGACUCAUUGCAAGUUUGCUAUCCGUAGUGGUGGUCACACACCCUAUGCAGGUAGUGCUAAUAUCGCUGGCGGUGUCACUAUUGAUCUCCGGGGGUUGAACCAAAUUGUCGUCAACGAUGCCGGCGAUGCUACAUAUGUCGGACCCGGUGCUCUCUGGGGUGAAGUUUACGACACCCUUGAUCCGCAGAAUCUCACUGUUGUUGGGGGCCGAUCUAGAUAUGUUGGUGUCGGCGGUUUACUUACUGGCGGUGGUAUCUCUUAUUUCUCGCCGCGAUUUGGAUUUGCAUGCGAUAAUGUUCUCUCCUACGAAGUUGUUCUUGCCGACGGCUCCAUUGUCAUUGCCAGCAGUACAGACUAUUCCGAUCUCUUUGCGUCGCUCAAGGGUGGAUCAAGCACAUUUGGAAUCGUCACCCGCUUUGAACUUAGAACUUUCGCCCAGGGUCUCAUGUGGGGCGGCGAUAUCAUGUACAGCCUCACCACACUCCCACAGCAAACCAAAGCUUUCAUCGAUUUUGCGACAGACCCGAACUACGACGAACAUACGUCCCUAAUACAGGUCUACGUCGCUACUCAGGGCAGGCGCCUCGUAAUCAACAGUCCCAUUUACACAAAGCCGGAGCCCUAUCCGCAAGCCUAUCGUCGCUUCACAGAUAUCAAACCACAAGUCAGCGACGCGACGCGCAUUGGAUCGCAUGCGGAUAUGGUGGCAGACUCGGAAACAAGUCAGGGUAAGCGCAAUGCGUUUCUGACUACCACUUGGAGAGCAGAUCUCAGUUUUCUGGACCAACAUGUCAUUCCAGCGUGGCUCGCCUUCUCCAACAUAACGGCUAACGUCUCGGGCUUAACAAAUGCGCUGCUCAGCCAGACGCUCGCCAACCCUAUCCUGACGCAAUCGGCUCGCCACAGCACAUUUGCGAGAAAUAUCGUGCCAGAUCCAACAGCGGCAUCGGGUGCGCCGCCUAUUAUCUCGAUGCUGAGUCUGACGUGGAAUGACGCCGCCGAUGACGAGCUGAUGAGUACGGCCGCGAAGACGUUUAUUCAGUCCGUGGAAUCUGCGUCGAAGAAAUAUGGGAACUAUAUCAAGUUCAAAUAUCUGAAUUAUGCGGACCGCGAACAAGAUGUCUUUGGGGGGUACGAUCGUGAGAAUGUAGAAAAGAUGAAGAAGGCCAGUAGGAAGUAUGAUCCUCAAGGAAUAUUCCAGACGGCUGUUCCAGGCGGGUUCAAGAUAUUCCCAUGA